AUGGCAAACGUCAUACGACAAAGGGCUGUAACAAGUGCUACUAGCACAUUUGUAGAUGGAGACACAGACGAAUCCAGGAAGAUCAUCAGUGACCGGGUCCUGUUUUACUGUACAACUUAUCUCACCAUCGUUCUAACAUCCGUGAUCUCUUCACUGGGUGUCAUCGCUAAUAUCCUCAACAUGAUCGUCUAUUGGAAGCAAGGAACAAAAGACAACGUCAACGUUACCUUCAUGGCAUUAUCACUUUGGGAUUUUGGUGUUUGCUUUUUGUCUGUUUUAGCUUCAGCCUGUUUUGUUUUAGAAAUCUAUUUUCCAUCGCCAAAUAUAGACUAUAUGUCUAUUCUUUACGUAUACAUUGCUUAUGCUAGAGGACUUAUGUACGUUCUGUCUACAAUCGUAACUGUGUAUCUGUCGAUUGAAAGAUGCGUUUGCAUAAUACUUCCAUUCAGGAUAAAAGAAAUAUUUCCGAAAUCCCGGGUGGUGCUGGCAAAUGUCAUGUUUGUCUUUUUUGGUGUGGCUUUCAUUGGUCCAGCCUGGGCCACACAGGGUGUUCAGUGGGAGUUUAAUCUGAGACACAACAUGACUCGUUUGACGCUGUGGCUGUCUGUCAACAGGCGAGACAUUGAUCUCUUCGUUGAUACAUUUAACGGUAUGGUGUUGCCAGUAGUUGCUCAAGUACUGAUCACUGUAAGCGCUGGGUUUAUGAUUCAAGGCAUCACCAAGUCAGUUAAAUUCCGACAGCCGUCAGCAAAUAUUAUGAAAAGCAAAACAACAAAUUACAAUGAGGAAACAGUACAAGCAACCAGUGCAUUGCAAUCCCUUAACAAGGCAAUGACAAGCAAAGAUGUAAAACUUACUAAAGUUAUUGUAUUGUUAGCCUUUAUUUUUUUCUUCUGUAAUUUGCCAGUUUUUCUGGUUGCCUUUAUUAGAACUAUGAUUCCCGAGUUGGAUAUUGGCAAAGGGCAAUAUAAUUUGUACAUAGUGCUCUAUGCAGCUGUCUAUCAGUGUGUGCUAAUCAACUCAACGGUCAGUAUUUUUGUGUAUUAUAACUUUAGCACCAGAUACCGACGCGAGUUUUUAACUAUGUUCUGCAGACUGCUUGCGCCAUGA